AUGCAGAAAUCUAUCAGAUUAAAACGUGAAUUUGAAAAACUUAGUCAAAAUCCUGUCGAAGGUAUUUCUUGUUAUCCGCGAUCUGAAAAUUUUGAAAACCUUGUUGCGACAAUUAUCGGACCAAUUGGAAGCCCAUAUAGUGGACACGUUUUUCAGUUAUCCAUAGAUAUUUCUGAACAAUAUCCAUUUGAACCUCCAAGGAUUACGUUUCAAACACCUAUUUAUCAUCCAAAUAUUGAUAAUAAUGGCCGGAUUUGUAUGGAUCUUUUAAACAUGCCACCAAAAGGUAACUGGAAUCCAACUAUCGGAAUAAAAAAUCUUCUGGAUGCUGUAAAAUGCCUAUUGGCAAAUCCAAACCCUGAUGAUCCUUUGAUGCCGGACAUAGCGCAAGAAUAUAAAUUUAACAAACAAGAGUUUGACAGAAAAGUACAACAGCUUAUGAUAGAAACAAAAAAUAAAUUGUUAUAGUUAAUCAA